AUGCCAGAACGAGUGCUCACAAUGGAGCGAGUUUUCUCAAAAGAAGACAGCGCCAUAUCGCCUGCCACUGGCAAAGCAAUCAGUCAACACGAAGCCGCAGGACUGAAGAGCCUGACUAAAGAACAACACCUUCGGUUUUGGGAAGAAGUCAUUUAUUGGAACAAAGAGCGCUUCCCCGAGGCGAAAUGGCGGCAAGCGAAGAAGAAUAUUUUGCGGGCCAAGAAGGAACACUGUAUGAAGGUGCUUGGGUGGUGUCCUCCUCCUCCGCCUGUACACUCGAUUGUCACGCCAGGUGGACGGCAACUACUUCUUUACAGUUCGUCUUCAUGGACUGCGCCUACGGGUGCACAUCCCCUUCGGCCAGCGCAUCUUCCGCGCUUCGAGACUGCGAGUCCGACUACACCGCGACCGCGAUGGGAGAUCUUAUCUUCGGGUCCUGGGACGCCUAGGUCGGCUACUGCUGGUCCUAUCAAGAACUCUUUCGCGGAAGGUGGGUUCUGGGAGUCACUGAUUUCACCGAAGACGCCUGUUACGGCUAUACCGAUUCCAACGACACCUGUUACCGCCGUCCCGCCUUCGCCAUGGCUUCCUAAUAUUCCUUCUAUAGACGCCGAAGCCAAAGCCACCUACGAAGACCUCAAAGCCUCCGUCUCAAAAAUGGCCCUCAAGGUCUGCGCAAGCCGCCACACUCUCCGCCGCUCUUUCAACAGCGACAACGACGUCAUACACCCUUCCAUGGUGCGCCCAAAAGACACUUUUCUCGCCGCUCAACUCACUCUCGGCUCCUUGAAACUACAUCAACCUCUGUCGACAUACAUCGACGCCUCCCUACCCCAGAAACUCGACUCCCACGCCGACGACGAAGCAGCAGGCGCAAAACAAUAUAGAAUCUACCGCCGAGAACAACUGGAUGAUGUGGAUAGCUGGCUGCAGUUUGAUGCGCAGACAGGGGAGUUGACUACGAUUUUGGAAGCUCAGCGCGAUCUACUCAAGAUGAACAAGGAUAGGCGGAAGAGUAGGGAGAUUGCGGUAGGCGAGAAGGGGGUGAAGCUUGCAUGGGCUGUAAAGGUUGUGGAUGAUUGCCAGUACUUCGCCGACAUUGCCGCAGAUGGCGAAAGUGAAGGUAGCGACGAGGGGUAUGAGUACGGUAACUUUGUCAGGAGUCUAGGAGAUGGCGAUGGCAGUUCUUUACGGUCAAACAGCUCUACGCUCGACCUCACCUUGACACUGACCAACAGCUCCAACGCCCGCAGCAGCGCCACAGAAGACAGUUUCAGCCUAACCCAACGCUCAUCCAGCAGCCCCAUCAAACCAACCCACGACCCCAGCUCCGACACCUUACCACUCCGCUCACGCAACUACACCCUCUCCAACCUCUUCAACGCCACCAACCCAAACAUCUACACACCACCCCCCUCCCACGCCCACAGCAUCCGCCGCAGCAACGCCACAGCCACCCCUUCCUCUUCCGCAUCUCGCCGUAACCGACAGGGUAGUCUCUGGAUCAACACCAGUCUAGCUAACCCUUCUGUCAGUGCGGCUAGUACGAUGAGCCCGCAGGAACGUGGGACUAGGCAUAAGGGACCCAGUAUCGAGGAUUUGAGCGGGUGGGCUGAGGAGCUGAAGAAGAUGGAGAGGAGGAGGGUGGAGAUGAGGGGGGAGGGCAGGCCGGUGGGGGCUGGGAAGCCGAGACAGUUGAGGUGGUUUAGUGGGACUGAGGGAGGUGAUAGUGGAGAUGAGGGUAGGGUGGGGAAAGAGAUGGUUGAUAAGAAGGAGGAGGAGGAGGAUACGGAGGGCGAUGGCUUGACGAUUAAUGGGUCCGUCCAUCCUGCUCUAAGGGGAAGAAGUAGCCACGAAGACGGCUAUACCAACGGGUGUACUAACGAAGAAGUGUCACGAUGGAAGGAAGGAGUCAGAGGUGCAAGCGGCGGCAGCACCAGCACAGCUAGUUGGCGCUGCGAAACUGCUUCUAUCGUCGAACGCGAUAGUCGUCCUUCUAGCAUCGACAUGGAUAACGAGGUCUACCAUACCGAAGACGAAGACCAAAUAUCCGACUGCGACUACGACCACAACCACAACCGCAACUCCCUCAACCCAUUCGACGAAGCCAACAACCCCUCAUAUCUCGACGCCUCCGCCUCCGACACCAAUGACUCUCCUACAAGAACACCAAGACCGACUACGCCAAUCCAUCCCCAGCGCACAUCCUCCUUAUCACCGACACACGCACCGAUCAAGAUGUCCGCACUAUCAACGCUUCGUGCUCCGGCAUCGACUCCAGUUAUUCAUCAGGAAGGAACACUGCGUCUCGAUCCACCGCGCCGCCCACCUCCACCGAACCGACCGAACCGACCACCGCCUCCACCAAUGCCGUACUGUAAUAUGAGGCCGCCGGCGCCGCGGCCGACGGCUGGUGAAGGGAUGGGCAUGCCUAUGCCGCGGUAUAACAGACAAGCUACUACGUCUUAUGAACGGCAGUUGGGUCAGACGUCUGCUGUACCCACAUCGUCGUCCUUCAUCGAGAUGGUUAAACGGCAGGGGCGGGGACAAGACCGGGGUUUUGCGCCAUCGGAAGGUACUGGUGAGGAGCAGACUGGAAAACAGAGGAGUGUAAGUAAAGCAAGUCUAUUACAGGAAGUUGUGCAGUCACGGGGAGGCGGAGGAGGACAGCAUACGCGUAUGUGGAGUAAAAGCAGUGGGGAGGCUAAGGACGGUGCGAAGAGUAAAGAAGAAGAGGAGUGGGACGAAGAAUUGAAACGGAUGGAGGGGAGGGAGAGGGCUCGGCAGAUUAGUAAUUCGUAG